AUGGUUAGUAUUGCACAUUGGCUUGAUACAUUUACGUGUAGUAAAUAUGCUGAUCGUUUUGAACGAUCUGGAUACCUAAAUCUUCAAUCGGUAUGCCAUUUAACUGCUGCUCAAUUGCAGUCAUUAGGUAUUGCAAACAAUGAUAUAUAUACAAUAAUGGAAAAUAUCUUUCUUUUGAAACAAAGUGUCAAAAGUAUCAAUAGUCCACCACGUCAUCUUGAUCUUAAUUCAGAACCGCCACCAUCAAUAGUCCGUUCUCGCACAGCUAGUCCUGCCAUAAAUAAUUUUAAUCGAAACAUGAAUCAAAAUCCAACUGCUUAUUCUCCUGGACCUAAUGUUAGUACACCACCAGCAAGUAGUGGUCCAUCACCUGAUCGUGGUCUUCCUGGCCCGUCACCAUUUGAUACUCCAUCGAAUUAUCAUCGUUCGAAUUCUUUUCCGAAUCCAGUCAAUCCAAAUACUUUUUUCGAUGUAAGUCCAACAUCAUCAACUUCAUCACCUCAUCGGUCAACAUCAAUCGAUAAUAUACCUCCACCAAUGGAAGGAGCGCCAUACAACGAUUAUCUACCUCAACCAUCACCUCAUCAAUUUCAACCACCAGGAGGAAUGAUCUAUCGUGGGGGUAAUAAUGUGCCUGGUGCAGGAGGAAAUUAUUAUAACCCACCACCUCCACGUUUCUACUCUCCUGAACAGCAACAGGCCUUCAUGUAUUCAAAUCCACGAAUGAUGAUGCAACAACAUCCAUCGUGGGGUGGACAUCGCCCACCACUACCACCUCCAUCAUCAUCACAUCAAAUGCAUUACAACCCAUAUGAGCAUCAUCAAUUUCGAAUGGCACAAUCACAACAAUUUUGUCAUCCAAAUCAUCCAAUCAUGUCAGAUCAAAAUCAAAUGUUUAUGAAUCAACAACAAUCAAAUAUGAACUCAUCGUCAUCCAAUAAAUUAUCUAACUCAGCUGAAUCACAUCCACACCCAUUGCAAUCACUUGAGCGACUAGUACUUUUACCUGAAUCACAAGUUAUCGAUCCAAAAAGUGUUGUUAAUGAAAUUCAUGAUCCUCAAUCACCAUUCAGUGAAUCGUUAUCGCCAUAUGGUACAUUAUCACCCAAGAAUACUGUGGGAACACCACCAACAGCAACGAUUGUUAGUAAUUUACUGACAAAUGAAAAAUCAAUUCUUGAACAACAUACAAAAGCAUCAAGUGGUUUAAAACGUAGUUCCACACAUGAUGAACGAAAUGACUUGAACAAAAAAAAUCGAAUGAAUACAACUAAUGAUUUAAAUACAGGCGAUUCAAUUAUAAAUAAUCAUCCUGUAGUAACAAGCUUAUUGACAAGAGGUUUAAAUAACUCAACAUCACAAGCUCCAUUACCAUCUAUUAAGUCAUUACAACAAAAACAUAAUCCGUCGUUUAUUCAACAACAGCAGCAGCAACGACAACAACAAAUGAUAUUUCCACCAAAUCAACCUGAUCCACAACAGUUUGUCGAUGGAUUAACUAAUGGAAUAGUUGACGAAACAAUGGAUGUUUACGAACAAGAUUAUGAACAAUUAAUGAUAAAACUACGAUUAGCCAUGGAUAAAAAUCGCACAAAGAACAAAUUAUUAAAUUUGAAUACAAUAAAAAUUCCAUCACAAUUAGAUGGUGUAUCUGAUCCAACAGACGUUACUUCGAAAUCAUCAAGAAAACAUGAUUCAUCGACAUCAUCUGAUCAUGGAACUUCGAAUAGUGAAAAUCAAAGUUCAUCUGUAAAAAAUCAUUUAGAUAAAUCAACUAGUGAUCCAACGGGUUCAUCUCAAAAUGGUACUGGAAACAAGUGCGAUGCCGCUUUAAAUAAUAAUCAUAAAGUGUCCUAUAAACGACGUUUAUCAGAUAGUAACCUUGAAUUAAAUCAUUCAAUCAAUGGUCAUCAUUCGAAUUCUAUAUCAUCUGAUAUUAAAAAACCGAAAGUUAUUCAAUCACCAACUCACUCCGAUAUAGACCAUGAAGCGAAUUCAUCAUUUGAAGCUGUAUCUCAAAAAAUUACAACAGAUAAUUCUUCAUGUAAACCUAUUCGAGAAGCAAAAAAACGUUCUUUAAUUUAUACUGGUAAUACACGAGAAUUCUUAGAAACAGCUAUAGCAGCUGGUAUUAUGGAUGACAUUGGUGAUGAAGAAGAUGAAGAUAAUGAAUAUGUACCCCCAGGCGGUACAGUUACUUUGCGCCCUCAACCCUCAUCAUCGUCAUCUGAAAAUGAAGAUGAAUCAACCAAAAGUAGUGAUGAUAGUAGCAAUAGUAGCAAUGAUGACGAUAAAGAGGAAGAAGAAGACGAAGAAGAAGACGACGACGACGACGACGAGGAAGAAAAGAAUCAUACGGAUGAUAAUCAAGAUGAAAAAAAUAGUGGUACUGAAAUGAUUUUAAAUGAAGAACCAACAGAAAGUGGAAUUAAUUGGAAUGUGAGAAAUCGUCCUCAACGACGAACACAUCUGAUUCGUUUUGAUAAUAUAUCACAACAAGAUGAACAACAGUUUUUUGGAGCAUUACAAGAACAAGUUCCUGAAUUGGCUGCUUAUCUAAAUGAAGAUUCGGAUGAUGAAUAUGACAUGACAGCAGAUGAAAAAGUUACUGAUGAAGUCAAAACUGGGAAAUCUUCAACAAAAAAAUCACGACGAACUCAAAAUAGAAAAAGUUCAGAACCAGACUCCCAAACAGACGAAAUUAUGAAAAAAUUUCGUCAUGUUAAUGUACCAGUAGAAAAGAAAAAGCCGAACAAAAAAUCUCAUGUUAAUGAAUCAACAGUAAUAUCAAUGAAAAAUGUAUCAGAUGAAUUAUAUGUUAUUCUUAAUGACAAUUCACCACGAACUAUUGUCUCAGGUACACAUCUUGAUACAACAGGAGCUCAAAAGAAAAAUUCAACUGUACAAGCAUUUAAUUUUCAUCGACGACAAAUCAAAAUGAAUACAAUUGCAGAUACAAAAGCUCCUUGGCGAUGUGUUUUUUGUUGGAAAGAACCCUAUGAAGAAUAUCUUGGUCCUUUGUUUGGUCCAUUUCAAUUGAAUGAACAAUGUCGAUCGUAUCUUAAUCAUAAUAAGCAACUAGCUAAACAUUACAGAAAAUUAAUCGAAGUUUGGCUACAUCGUGAUUGUGCAUUAUGGAAUAAUCAUAUACAAAUGAAUCCUACAACAGGAGAACUAAUGCAAAUUCCUGAUGCAUGCUCAAUUUAUCUUGAUAUUACAUGUUCUAUAUGUCAAAUACCUGGUGCAGCUCUUGCCUGUCGCUAUCGAAAUUGUAAAGUUCGUUAUCAUUAUCCUUGUGCAAAAAUGACUCUUAGUUGUCGAUUAGUUGAAGAAAGUUAUUCAGUAUAUUGUCCAAAACAUAAUCAAAUAAAUAAGAAUAAAUCGAAUAAAAAUCAUCGCAAAACCAUGACAGGUACGAAUGAUUCACAAGAAUCAUUAAUGACUUAA